AUGGUGACGGUUUCUUCAUGUGAUGAACAGAAUGCUGACAGCAUGAAUGCUAGAGGCUUCACCCCUGAAGGAGUUCCAUACGAUGAGCCCCCGGCAGUCCCCUACUGGCCCUACACCACCUCAGACUUCUGGCACUACGUAGAGUACUUCAGGUCUAUUGGAGCCUACAAGCACAUCAACGAAAUGGCCCGGGCCUUCUAUGCUCACCAACACCUGGGAGACACACUGGGAUAUGAGACCAACGAGGGACACGAACACUGAGGAGAGAGAGGAGACGGAGAUAGGGA